AUGCCUGCCGUUGAAAGCCGAAACCUCAUCGCCACGGCAAGCACCACGGGCAAGAGCAUGAGCACGGUGCCACUUGUGCUUCUAUCCAUCGGCAACCCCGGUCCGCUCACACGGCACUCGGUAGGCCACUACAUUUUGAAACUACUAAUGGAGAAAUACCAAGCCAAGCAGCCGCAGUUGCGCCCCCUGUACGCCAUCUCCACCAACCACGACUCAAGCUUGGUCUUUAUCAAAUCCAAUCUGUACAUGAACGAGAGUAGCAAAGCAUGGACAAAAUCGCGAGACAGGGAAUCUAUAAGACCCGGGUCAAUUAUUGUUGUGUUGUACGACGAUUUCGAAGCUAAUGUGCCUAAGGUCAAGCUCUCGAGGUUUGGCAAGAAGAACGAGAGCCAUAAUGGCAUCAGGGACUUGACGAGCGUGAUGCAGGCUGAUGAUGAACGGUUCAAGGUUUUCAAGUUGGGCGUCGGUAUUGGUCCCAAGCCGCGAGACGCGAGUCGCGACGCUAUGAGUCAUUGGGUCCUACUGCCGUUCAAACCUGUGGAGAAGCAAAUGAUUGCUGAAAAGAGCUUCCAGUUGUGUUGCUUGUAUUUGCAAAACAUUGCCGAGUGCGAUGGGGAAAUUGGCGAUGUGGGCAAAUUCGAUGCUCGAAUAAAAAAGAUAUGGAGGAAGCAAAACGAGUAG